CACGUGGCUGCGGAGGCGGGGGCAGCGAGCGGCGCUCACUAGGCGCUAAGCGCUGCUCUAAGCGCUGCGCGGGGAGAUCGGAGAUCUUCGGGAGGCGGGGGGGGGGUCCCCACCGAGGUCCCCCCAAGUCCCCGUCGCCGUCCUCCGGAGGAGGCCCGGAGCGGUGAGCGGCCCCAGGGCCGCAGGCGGCAUUCGAACCCACGCCCUGGGGGCAUUCGAACCCACCACCUGGGCCUCCCCAGCCCGGCCUCUCGGCCCCCCCCAGCCCCGCCGCUCCCGGGGAAACCGCCCGGACUCGGCCCCCGCCUGCUCCGGCGGCUCCAUUCCUCAUUCGAAGGCAAUCAUGGAGGUCAGGAAGCGAAAGAAGUUGAGGAGCUCCGUUGGAUUUCAGAAACGCGCUAUCAGAGCUGUGGGGAAGUGGAAGCCAGUCGACAUCGAUCCCAAUUUGUUGGGUGACGAGCGGCUUGAAAGUCUGGUCUGUUUUGAGGAACUUACAGAUUAUAGAUUGAUAAGCAGCUCGAAGCUUUCUGAUAAAGAAAAAAAAGUCCAGAAAAGGAAAUCAGAUGCAUCUUCUGCCGAGGAGGAGGAGGACGAAGAACCCAGACCCCAGAAGAAGAAGAAGAAGAAGAAGAAGACAAGGGAUCCUAAAGACGAGGGAACUGAGGCAACUGAAAUUUCUUCAGAGGAAGAUGAAGAAUUUCAGGUCUUCCAAGAAGUUGAGCAGCAAGAUGUGCUCAACGUUGAGGAAGAGGACAGGGCAGAUGAAACGGGGGGAGCGGAAAGGCCCAGGACCUUGAAAGCUCCGAAGGGAAAGAAAAAGCUGAAAGAGAAAAGGAAAACACCGACUCCUCCGGGAGCUCCUCCGACCUCUGGGGCGCCUGGAAAAGGAAAGAAUUGGACGACGCGCGCGUUAUCUGGAUCGGCCGAUGGGGAGACGGACAUGUCCGCCUGGAAGGACCUGUUUGUCCCGAAGCCUGUUCUCCGAGCGCUGAGCUCCCUGGGGUUCGAAGCUCCCACUCCCAUCCAGGCCCUGACCCUGACGCCUGCGAUCCGAGACAACCUGGAUAUCCUCGGGGCUGCGGAAACAGGGAGCGGGAAAACCCUUGCCUUUGCCAUUCCAAUGAUCCACUCGGUGCUCCGGUGGCGGAAGGAAAACGAUACGAAGGGCGAUAAGGCCGGGGCGCCAAGAGUGCCUGAAGGAUCCUUGGAUGAGGCCACUGCUUCAGACGGGAACAGAUCCAGUUGUCGGGAUGCCAACUGGGACCCAGCCCUCGACUCGGACACCGAGGGGGAUGGGAGCAACGGAGAUGAGUCUCGCCCUGUAGGCGGCCGGACUGAACCCCUAGAUCCCAAGUCAGAACUUGGCAGUGCCGGGGCUGCCCCCGGGGCCAAGAAAGCGAGCUGUUUGCUGGGGCUGGUCCUGACUCCCACCAGAGAAUUGGCCGUCCAAGUCAAACACCACAUCGACGCCGUGGCCCGCUUCACAGGAAUCAAGACCGCUCUGUUAGUGGGUGGAAUGGCUGCUCAGAAACAGCAGCGGGUUUUGAAUCGUCGGCCGGAAAUUGUGAUCGCCACCCCGGGGCGCCUGUGGGAACUCAUUAAGGAGAAGCAUCCCCAUCUGUCUAACCUGCGGCGGCUCAGGUGCCUGGUGAUUGACGAAGCGGACAGGAUGGUGGAGAGGGGACACUUUGCCGAACUCUCCCAGCUGCUAGAGAUGUUGAACGACUCCCAGUACAAUCCGCGGAGGCAGACGUUCGUGUUUUCGGCCACCCUGACCUUGGUUCACGAGGUCCCCGCCCGAGUCUUUCAGAAGAAGAAGCACGCCCACAAGCUGGAUACGAAGACCAAGCUAGACCAACUGGUGCAGAAGAUCGGCAUGCGGGGCAAGCCCAAGGUGAUAGAUCUGACGCGCAAAGAGGCCACCGUAGAGGCGCUGACGGAAACGAGGAUCCACUGUGAGGCCGAAGAGAAGGACUUCUACCUCUAUUAUUUCCUGCUCCGGUAUCCGGGGAGGACCAUGGUCUUUGCCAACAGCAUCGACUGCAUCAAACGCCUGACCGCCCUCCUUACCAUCCUGGAGCGGGAUCCCCUUCCCUUGCAUGCCAAUAUGCACCAGAAGCAGAGGUUGAAAAACCUGGAGCGGUUCGCCGAAAGAGACGACUGCGUUCUCUUGACCACCGACGUUGCCGCCCGGGGCUUGGACAUUCCCAACAUUCAGCACGUCAUCCAUUAUCAGGUUCCCCGCACUUCGGAGAUCUAUGUCCACCGGAGUGGCCGGACGGCCCGUGCCGCCAAAGAGGGCCUCAGCCUGUUGCUCAUCGGCCCGAACGACGUGCUCAAUUUCAGGAAGAUUUAUAAGACCUUGCAGAAGGAUGAGGAGAUCCCGUUUUUCCCAGUUGAGACCAAAUGCAUGGCGGUCAUUAAGGAGAGAGUAAAUGUUGCAAGAAAGAUAGAGAAGGAGGAGUAUUACAAUAGCAGAGCCAAGCAACAUAAUUCUUGGUUCCAGCAAGCGGCUGAAGCUCUGGAAAUAGAUCUCAGCGAGGACGUAUUGAUGGGAGGAAAAUCUAAUGAUCAAGAAGAGAGUCAGAAACAAAGGAUGAUGAAGGGCAUGAAGAAACACCUGAAACACUUGCUCUCCCAACCGGUAUUUAGAAAUCUCAUAAAGACCAAGUAUCCUACCCAGUCUGGAAAGCUGGUCCUCUCCCCCUUACCCCUCAGCGGCACGGAAUCUGCUUUGGGCACCCUCUCCAAACAAAAGAAGAGGAAGAAGAAAGGAAAUUAACUUUGUACGGAUUGAGUCUUGGGGCUGACAACAUGGUGGUCUUGGCCUCCUGCUUUUCCCAUGAGCUCUUCCUGCCCCUUGGGAGGUCGCAGGGCUGGGGAGGAGAUGGAGAACUGGAAUAAAAUUAAGAUGGAUAAUG